CGCAUGCGCUCAGCGGCUCGCUGCGGUAGUGCCGGUUCCAUGUCGGCGGCACCGGGGCGGCUUCCGGGAAGAUGGCGGCCUGGAGAGCGGCGCUGGUGGCGGUUGUCCGCGCUCCGCUAAGGGGGCGACUCGCCGGUCUUUGUCCCCCUCGGAGCCAGCGGCGCCCGCCUAGCUGGAGAGUCAUUGCCGCCGCUCUGGUCGGGGGAGGCUCCCUGGUGGCGCGUUACAGCGGACAGCCGGUCGUGUUCCCGACGGUCUUGGCUCAGAAAGGAGAUGUCAUUAAUGUGGAAGCAGAUGAAAGAUUGUCUCUUCGGAAGCAUCGUUUCAUGCAGUUUGCAUCUUUGGAAUACGAAGGAGAGUAUUACAUGACACCAAGAGAUUUCUUGUUCUCAGUGGUGUUUGAUCAAGUUGAACGUAAAGCCUCAGCCAGGAAACUGACAAAGAAGGAGGUAGAUGCUGCACUGCAGUGUGUUGCCAAAGCUAAACCAGGACCGAACUUUUUUAGACAGCUUGAGGAUAAAGGGUUGAUAUCUUAUGCAGAGUAUCUAUUUUUGCUGACAAUCCUUACAAAACCCCAGACUGGAUUUCAGAUUGCCUUUAAAAUGUUGGAUACAGAUGGCAAUGAACAAGUUGAAAAGAAGGAAUUCUUUAAGCUACAGAGAAUCAUUGGGAAGGAAAAUGAUCUGAAAGCAGCUGGAGAUGAAACAUUAUUUCAGGGAGCAGAACCAGAAAGCUGUGCUGUUAAUACCAUAUUGCUGGUGCAUUUCUUUGGAAAAGAAGGAAAGGAAAAACUUCACUACUCUGAGUUUUUCAGGUUCAUGGAAAAUCUGCAAACAGAAGUCCAAGAAAUGGAAUUCAUAAGGUUUUCAAAGGGUUUGAAUGUCAUGAGAAAAGAAGACUUUGCAGAAUGGUUACUGUACUUCACUGAUGAAGAGAACAAUGAAAUUUACUGGCAGAACGUGAAAGAUAGAAUUAAGGCAGGAGAGAAUAUCAGUUUGGAAGAAUUCAAGACUUUUUGCAAGUUUACAAAUAACCUGGAAGACUUUUCUAUUGCCAUGCAGAUGUUUACUGUAGCUAAUCUUCCUGUUAAAAGAGCUGAGUUCAAGAGAGCAGUGAAGGUGGCAACAGGACAAGAGCUCUCGGAUAAUGUUUUGGAUACCAUCUUCAAGAUUUUUGAUCUAGAUGGAGAUGACUGCCUCAGCCAUGGCGAGUUUCUUGGAGUCCUGAGGAACCGCAUUCAUCGAGGCUUGAGGGUACCACAACAGCAAGGCAUUCAAGGCUACUGGAAGUGUGUGAAAAGAGAAAGCAUUAAAGGAGCCAAAGAAGUGUGGAAGCAAACUGGGAAAAGUCCUUUUUAAAGCAGUCCAUUGUUCUUUUGCUGUAAAUGUUGUUAUGUAGGGGAGUUUGUCUGUCCUGUUUACAUAAUAGCCAGAUUAAAAAUACUCUUUUUUCCCCCCCCACUAUUCUUUAACCCAGUUUCUAAUGCAAUUAUUUUAUAUUGUUCUAGUGCAAUGAAUUUGGUUUACAGAACUGUUAGCACUCUUGACCUCCAUAUAGAAAUACUCUUGUUGUAGGGAACAGUGUUAUUUAUUCCUCCAUGAAGCCUGACUCUGUGAUGUAGCAUACAGGACAUGCAGGAUUUAAUAGUGGCAGGAACAUCACAGCAAUGUCAUCUUCUGUCAGAAGAGUGUUCAUCAUCUCAGCUAGCCACUAACAGCAGUUCUUUCUCUGGCAAGGACAGAGGUCCAAAAGGUGAAAUCACUUGCACAAUCCAUGCAAAUUAAGUUACCUUAAACCAAAAAGGAAAAUUCACAUAGUUUGUGCCUUUUUUUACUGUGAACUGCUUGUGUGCUAGUUCCUGGUGGAUCAUACUACCAGAUCCUGCCUGGCUGGCUGUGUUGUCUACCUUCAUGAUGAUAAUAUUAAACUGGAAAUAGAAGACUGUUGAUGCAGGCUUUAAAAUGUGUACAUUGAAUGUGCAUUGAAUCUUUCAGACUUCUUCAGUUGUAUAAAUGAAAAGCAAAAAUCUUUGUUUUAACAUAACUAUUUUACUUUAAUUGUGUUGCAGAAAGUGAAUGUAUAAAAAAUAGUUGCUUUAUCUUACUAAAGCUUGUGACAAGGAAUGCUACAGUAUCUCAGGAAUUCAAGGUUAGAAUAAGCAAGUGUUGGGGGAAUAGGAAGUCAAAUAUAAAAACAGAUACAAAAAGAACAGAAGGCAAAGUUAAAGCUAUCUUAAAGAGCAAAACACAGAACAGAUCAAAAUUAAAAUUUAGCAAUUAUAGGUGAACAUUUUUUUAGCUGUAACAUGGUGUGCAUCUCUGUAUACACAUUUUUUCUUUCUUAAAAUCUUAGGACCCAGUAGUCCCAGAUCCAGAUCAGUCUUUCCAGUUGGCUGCUAUUUAUAGCAGAUAAACCUAGCUGUAAAGCUCUCAAGAUUCUUCCUUCUACCCCUCUUAGCUGUCUGAUUUCUCUUGUCUGGGGUUAAAGCUUGACCUUUCAAAACAGGUUUGUGAUAAUAGACUCAAAAGAUGGUUAGGGAAAUGUCUCAAGAAAAACAACCCAAAAAAUCUCACUAUUCUGUGAGGAAGUGUUUAUCCCUUUCCACUGUGACACUACCUCUGUUAUCUCAACCUGUUGCAAUUUCUUCAGGGUUUGGUGGGAGGAGUCAUGAGGAGAACCUUCCAUGACAGAGGUCAGAGCAGCCUUCUCUGAGAAGAGGGACACGAGAGACUGCAUUAAGAAACCAUAAAGAUUCCACGUAAGGAGCACGGAGAUUACAGAGAAUGUAUUUGGUAUGUAUUUGGUAUGUUGGUAGCCAUCAGCCAGGCUUGUGCUGAGGAGGAAUCCUACUGCAUGAGCCUUGGCAUGGUGAUCUCUCCUAAGGAAAUGGAAUGAGAAGCAAACAAAUCAGCUCCUCUCUCCACAACCUUCAUUUGUACUUUAAAUUGUAUUAAAGAGAAAAUAUUUGUAUUCUUGUCAUCCAUGGACAUGCACCAAGAGUCACCCACCAGAAUAAGAGCAUACCUGUGUGGGUGUCCUGAGGUCAUCCAGAAGAUCUGGCACUAGUGACCACCAAGAAUCACUUCUCCCCCAGACAACAACCCAAAUUAAAUACAACACAGUGAAUGCCUCAGCCUCUCUGCCUCAAACUGAAGUCAUGCACUGCCCUGUGGGCAACAAGAAAUUAGGUAGCUGGUUUACUUUGUGCAUUUGGAAGUUGCUCGCUUCUACUGAUGGAAGCUGUGACUGAGUUAGCUGAUGGGAGCAAAGGUGAGGCAGCAGGACUGGCAUCAAAGCACCACAGCCAGCUUCAUGCCACCAAAUAAUUUAAGAUAGGACACAACUGAGCAGAGCACUUCUGUGUCAGAAAAGCAUUGUGUGUUCACACAAAGUGCACUUAGUUCCAGCACUGGCUUUAAUGCAAGGCUGCCUCUUACUUGUGUGGCAAAUAUUUUGGCAAAUAAUUUUUACUUUGGAGUGGAGAUAAUUCUUUAACACUUUUAUUAUGUGUGGUUUUAAUAGGUUCAUGAUGUUCUUUAUUGCUUGUGUGAGUUCAUUUGUUUACUAAUUUCUGGCUUCCUACAAGAUGUUCAGUUUUCUUUUGGAAAUCAUUUAGUUUUAGUGUAUCUGGAAAUUUAGCUCCUCAUUGCUCCUUUGUAUCUGGGUUUGUGCAAUCAGCAGUCUCUCCUUUUGGCAGCAAGUUACUAAAAAUAGGAUAUCACGUUUUCUUGAAAAAGCUUUGGUGUCAAGUUCAGAGGAAAAAGAGAACAGAUAUGCUUAUUUUAAAAUUAACUUUGCAUCUGUAGUAAAAAAUAUAAUGUCUUAAAAAUUAAAUUAUUGAUUAGGAGUUAAAAUAGAGUUAUGAAACAUUUUCAGAAGAAGUUAUCCUGAAAAUACAACCAGGAAGAAGCUCCUUUGGAGACCAGGAAAGACAUGUCCAUCAGGCUUGAAGAAUAAGACUCUGUGAUUCAUUUGGAGUCUAUUUUUCUGUUAACUAAAGGGCUCUACAAGACAGUCUUAAAAUAAUUUCUCAUAUUUAGUAACUUAGAUUGAAAGAGCUGUUCGCAUGUGUUCAAAUGGACCCUGUCUUUUAAAUACUCCAUCAUUUAGCAUUAGCUGGUUUUGUUUCUUUUAGUAACCAUAUGGUAUUUGCAACCUGCCUGUCAGCAUUACUCAACACAGUUUAGUUAAAAAGGUAUCCCAGUUGCCAAUCUAACAAUUAAACUUAACAUUUAUGGCUUCUUUUUUUUUUUUUUUUUUUUUUUUUGCUGUUAGAAACUCUGAACAGAAGUAUAUAGCAAAACUAAAUAAAUCUCUUUUUUUUAAUGUCCAA